AUGGCCGACAUCCACCUCCCCAUCGCCGAUGAAUUCGACCCGGCAAUUCCUCCCAUUCUUCCCCAUGCUAAAGUCUAUCUCAUCCAGGUAGGCUACAAACUCUUUAGAUUGAGUGGAGCGUCUUUACUGUCGGAUGCUCCGUCAUACUUUACGACUUACUUCUCCCAGGAGGACAAUGCAGAUACCGUGUUGUUCAUUGAUCGAAAUCCAAACAUCUUCGAGAAGAUAUACAACCACUUGCAAGGAUACCAUAUAACAGUUGAGUCCGAUUAUGAGUUCGUACACAUCUGGCUGGACAGCUACUAUUUUGGGUUAAAACGGCUCCAGAGACAGUUGAACAAUGAAGAUAUCUUUGCUUCCAUUGGAGGUCAAUCCUUUAAGGUGGCCAAAGAAUUGUUUGUUCGAACAGGCAACUACCCCAACUUCUUUCUGAUCAAUUAUGACAGCCACAUCACAGACAACAAGCGAUUUAUCAUGGAAAAGUCGAUUAUUCGUCCUCCACCAGAAAGACCUGCCACGGCCGUCUCACGCUCGCCGUUGCUCUUUGCUGAUCUUAUAGAACUUUUGAGAGGAAACACCUCGGUGAUUAAGGACGAUGAGUAUCGCCGACUUUUGGUGAAAGAGGCCAAGUACUACCGCUUUUUGGAGCUCGAACAGCGUAUUCUCAAACAUAAGUUGGUGUUCAAUCCUUUCAUGAAACUGAUGGAGAUCUUACUCAACUUGAAUGAUCUUCAGAGUCGAGGCGUUGCUAAUGUCUCAACUGGUCUCAAUGAUGAAAGACCACUUGAGUACACGCGACCUAAUAUGCUUAAAGAACCACAGCGUGUGCUUCUUCUUCAAAUUGAGUCAACACCUGAGUCAGAGGUCAAGUUGGUAUUAAACAGAACUACCCAAUUGACUACGCUUUUCAUCUCCAACAAAUUGGCCCACACUUACAACUCCGUCUUUAAGAGGGUCAUCAUGGACUUACAAGAUGUGACUGUUUCUAAUCGGUUGGUGCUUUUGGCUGGCUUGGCCAAUUCUAAGAUGGUGGUUAAUGGUAGAGAGUUGAAACAAGAUUGGUUCGUGGAUUUCUUCAAUAAAAAGCCAUCAGAGGAUCCCGAGACAAAAAAGAGAAAGUUGGAUAAGACCGAAGAGGCUGAGUACGUGGAAUUUCGCUUGAAACGGUCGGUUUGGCGUGUGCUCACGCGAGGAGACAAGUCCAGGCUUCAUGCGGUCAAUAUAGAGGGUUACACUGACCAUGAUUUCUAUGGAAAUAGUGUAGAUUUUAUUUAA